UCCAACAAAACAAAACCAUCGCUCAGUGUAAAAGGAGCUCGUCGCCGUACUUUGAAACGGCUUGCAAUAAAUAAAUAUAUUUACCCAUACUGCAUACCGUUCUCACUAUCAGCAACGCGAUUCAACGAAAGUGCUCACACGGGGGAUCGCCGCCACUUAACGAAAGGUCAGUUGGAGGGCACGAAAGUCAGUCCUGACAAUCGGCGGUAGUAUUCGAAGGGGCGUAACCAAUGUAAACAAAUGGUUUCAGUCGUGAUUAGCGCAUGUAUUCGGUCAAAUUCUGCUUUGAAAAGGCGUUGUCAGUGAUAAGUUUUUGUUGCAAAUCGAGUGUUGGCUGAACAUUAGCUUCCCGUGAGUGAAUUUCGACUUUAGAAAGUGAUGGCGGAUAGCCGUUUUUUGAAUUUCGGUAACGUUUAGCGCGCGUGGCCCUUUCAGAAAGACAACCGUUAUUUUACGUAACCAAAUCGAUAGAUGAAUGACGUCACAUCUGUCAAAGUUUGUUCCACGGCCUAAAUUUUUUCCUCUUUAUUCCGCGAUGAGUAGUUUUGUCGUGAAGCGAAAGAAGUGAUAAAUUCGGACCGAAAUAUCGCGAAAACAAGCGUGAAUUGCCAUUUCCUGGUGUUGAAAAUCCGUUCUGCGACCGCAGGACGUUCGAUACAGUGCAGCGGAAGAAUCGAAUCGAACGGAGUAGGGAAAAGUGUCCACGACGACGUCUGGCUGCUCGUGAGCUGUGUGACAUUUUUUGAGCUGCUUAUAACCUAUAUUUUUCUGCUGCUGGCUGAAGUUUUGAUUUUCUCCUGGCGAGUGGCGACUGACGACGACGACGACCAUCAUCAUCAUCAGCAGCAGCAGCACCAUCAUCGCCGUUUCAACGAAACCAGCAGAGUGUCAAAUCAGACAAAGUGCAGCACACUGAUAGAUGUGGUGCGUGUACAAAUUGGAACUGAAUUUCCUGUAAUUGAUGAUUCAAUUCGCGAUGUAGACAUGGGACCGACGACAGCGUGUUAAACAAACAAACGGCAACGGCAGCGAAUAAUGCUUCUUUUGGUGUGACGUCAAAUAUCCCGAGACCGUCGUAAAAAAUGCAGAGUGGAGGAGGGCCAUUGCAGCCGGGUCCGUCCGUAAUGCGGGGACUUACGUCGGGGACACCGACUUCUUCACAGCAGCAGUCAGAAAUGCAGAAGAUGCAGUCCCAACCUCCGUUGAUGAAUCAACCGUACCAGCAGCCGAAUAUGUUCAGAAACGCUGGUGCGAACCAGAAUACGCGCCCGACGCGUGCCAUGGUCCAAGCGUACCACAGCACGGCAUUCAUACCGGCGACCGUAUUCCCAGUGACCUACAAUCCGCGGUUAAGCCAAUGGCCGAGCUAUGGCUCAAUGCCGGGAAUGCCCUAUCAGCCACAUUACUAUGUCCAGCCUAACAUCAUUCCCAGUCAACAUCAGCAGAACCGGCGUAAUCCGGGCGGCGAAAACAAUCUCGUUAAUGUAAAUAACAACUAUUCCGGAGCUCCUUCGAACGGAAGCACUAAUCAGCUUAAUCCGCUAACGACUAUUCCGCAGAUGCCGCAGGUUCAGAUGCCACCGGGGCAACCGAAUCAAUCAUCGCCGAUGACCGUAUCGCAUGAUCUUCUCGUGAUGCAACAAAUGCAUCCGCCACCGGCUCAGCACACGCCUCAACCCGGUGUGCCCGGUGCUCCCGGCCAAGCGCCGAUGGACCAACAUCAGCAGAAUCCCGCUCAAGUCAAUGUCGGGGCACCGCAGCCUCAACAUACGAUGAUGUCACAAAUGCAGCUCGCUCCUCAUAUGGCAGCCCAGCAGGCAGCUCCGACGACCACUAUCAAGAAGAGACAACCUGGUUCCCGAGCUAUUCCAAUCAUCCAUCCAGACACGCAGGAAGACAUAUUGAAAAAGAUGUUUAAUGAUUCGCCACCCCCGACGUCAUCCGCGCCGUCCACAACGGUAGCAUCUACAAGUGGACCACCACCGCCACUACCAUCCGGACCAGCUGGGACCGGAAGUUCAGCGCCGCCACCGGCAAACUAUAGCACUAUUCCUUCAAAUGUACCCCAAGUUCCACUAAAUCCAUCAGCCGUAGAUUCUGAAUAUGAUAAUUAUCCGCCUCAUCCUCACCAGGGAACACCGGAAUUACCAGGCGGCAUGUUGCUGCAUCAUCAAGCGCCACCCCAUAUGCAUCAUCCACCUCCAAAUCAUCCUCCACCAUCGACGCACGUUCAUCCUGUACAAGCGCAAUUGUACGACAUGGGGAGAUCGCCAGCCGGUCAGCAGUCGCACGAGCUCGUCUACACUGGCCCUGGCGGCCCACUAAAGACCAUCAACCCUCCGCCACAUCUUCCUCCGCCGACACACCACUCGGUGGUUCCAGUUCCAUCAGCAGCAGAAAUGACCACUGCUAGCGGAACACCGGUCGUCUCGGCUAAUGCUAAUGCACCGUCAGUCGAAAUUAAACCCUAUCAGAAGAAGAAAAAGCCGGUCAGUGAACAACAGCAGCAGGUGAUCAUUCAACAGCCUCCUCCCCCGGUACAACAAUCUCAUCCACAGCUGCAGCAACACCAAGUGCAGCAUCCUCCACCACAUCCCCUCCAUCAUCCACACCCUCUUCCAGCUAAUAUCAAUCAUCCUCCACCUCCAACCGGAAUCCCAAUUAACGACUCCAUGUCCAUUCCUUUCGGAGGCGCUCCGGAACGAUAUCGUACUUUCUCGGAGAAAUCCAUUGCCGAGUCAACCCUGUCGACUGAUGCGGAGCCGUUUGUCUACACUGGCCCGACAAGCGUCACCAGCAAUCACCAGCAGCAAUCACGCAUGGAAGAGUUGCCUCAAUCGGUCGUAAUCCAACCGGAAUUGGUUCUUCCGAUAGUCGCUCCGGAACAGAAGCAACCUGUCCAAACAGAACCUCAGCAGGAGAUCCCAGAUUCGCUCAAUAAACUAGAAGUGGCGGAGGAACAGAUGGCAAACAAGCGAACGGCAUCAGCUGUGGACUCUCUAGUGGCUGGCGUGGAGAAUCUUAGCGUAGAGGAGCAACCGACGGUAGCCGUCGGGGUUCACAACAUUAACAAUAAGAAGAACAAACAGCAUAAGAAACGAUCGGAGGAAGUGCCGUCUGUUAGUGAGACUAGCAGUAGCAGCAGCAGCAUCCCGAGUAGCAACAAAGAUUCAAGCAGUAGCAAGGCUCCUGCUCCAAUAACAACGGUAGUGGUUGAACAGCAGAAGCAAGAAUCAAUCGACGAAAUCGAUCGGUCUGCUGUUGUCUCAGUGGAGGAACCUCAUCAGCAGACCCAGCAGUCUUCGUCAUCGUCGUUAAUUAAUAAUUUAGUGGAACAUGAUAGUAAGUUAGAUAAUGAUAAUAUUAAUAAUAAUGUGGAAUGCACCAGUACUACGAUUACAACAAAUACCGAUAAUACUACUACUAUUACGACAGACAACAACAACGUCGUAUCGUCGCCGAUGGAAAACGUUAAACAACUACAACAGCUCGAUUCCCGACAAAUCACUCCGCCGAAGAUGGUGGAUGUAGAGAAUAACGUCCAGCAGCAGCACCAACCUGAAUUCGACGACAACAAGAACGUGGUGGAAACUGCGAUAGUUCCAUCAAAGGAAUCCACCCCGGCCCCCGUGGAACAACUUCCCACACCUGUCACAAUUACAAAAGAACUAUCUCCGGCACCGACCACGAAUACCCUCAAAGCGCCAGCACCACCAGUGGCGCCGAUCAAAAAAUCCCGAUCGCUCACGCUCAUUGAGUACGAUCCGGGUCAAUGGAGCCCGGACAAUCCGACAGGCAAGAAAAAAUAUUCGCGCGACCAGCUGUUGCAGCUAAAGAAUACCGCCCCGGCCCGGGAGAAGCCACUGAACCUGCCCAAUUGUUUGGAAAGGUCCAACCACAGCGGUGGCCAUUCCAUGGGUGGUGGUAACCAAUACGGCAAGAGCAACUAUGUGGAAAUGUCUCUGAUGCCGACCUUCAUUAAGGAUCGCAUGGUCACGGGCGGCAACCAAAUGCGCCAACCCUAUCCACCGAAGCGACCAUCCCAGCAGGGUAACCAAGGCCAAUCAGGUGCGCAAUCUAACAAACAAUCCCAGCAGGGAAUGAGCAAAACCGGUUCCAAGAUCAUUCGGCUUCAGCUGGAUGAGGAAGUAAAACUAAAUGAAUGCGAAAAUGCGUGGCGUCCGAGCCAUCUACAGCAGAACGAGGUCCUCGACGAUGUCGAACGAAAAACGCAGGAACUUUUCAAAAAGUUCCGCUCCGUACUGAAUAAACUGACUCCGGACAAUUUUGAUAAGCUGGUCCAGCAGGUAAAGUCCUUCGUGAUUGACACCGACGAACGGUUGGAUGGGUGCAUCAAGUUGAUCUUUGAAAAGGCCAUUGCCGAGCCUAAUUUCUCCGAAGCUUACGCCAAGAUGUGUAAGGAAAUCGGAACAUUAGCAGUAGACAUCGCAGCCGCUAAUAGCGAGAAACGAAUGCCGAAUUUCAAGAGCCGAUUGCUGGCUCAGUGUCAGACGGAGUUCGAGCGACGCCGUAACGAUCAGACCAGUGCCAUUCGCGACAGUCGCAUCAAACUAGAAGCGAACAAAAAUCUGGCCAAGGAAGAGUUUGAAGAACUGAAGGCACAAUUAGAAGAAGAAGAGCAGAAGGUACGGCGGAGAGCCGUCGGAACGGUUCGAUUUAUCGGAGAACUGUUCAAGCACGGACAACUUACCGCCAGUAUUAUGCACAGUUGCAUCAAGCUGUUAAUCGAGAAGGAUAGCAGAGAUUACGAUGAAGAAACACUGGAGUGCUUGUGCAAGCUUCUAACUACCAUCGGAGCAAAAAUGGAGAAAGAGAAUGGUCAAGACUUGGGUCAAUACUUUGAAAAGAUGGGCGAAAUUGUUCGAUACAAAGAGAAAUACCGAAUUAGCAGUAGGAUACGGUUCAUGAUUCAAGAUGUGAUCGAUUUGCGCCGAAAUGGAUGGCAGCCAAGGCGACAGGAUCUCAAUCCGAAGACGAUGAACCAGAUCCAGAAGGAAGCCGAGACUGAGCAACUUCAAAUCAAUAUGAGCUAUCUUCCCCGUGGUGGAGAUAUGGGUCGGGGUGGACGAGGUAACAUGCAGGGUGGAUCCAAGAUGUCCGGUUCUAUGGGAUCCGGCGGUUACGGCCAAGGUUCGUACGCAAGGGGCGGCAAUCAAAGUUCGAUGAAGGGCGGUCGGCAAACUGACGACGAUGGAUUCCAGCAAAUUUUGAAUAAUCGAAACAAUCGACAGCAGCAAUUGCAGAUUGAUCCUAAGAAGAUCAACAUUCCCAGCAACCUGGAUACGGCGCGGCUCGGAUCGGCGGCGAACUAUCAGGGUUGGAAGAACAAUAGCAACAUGUUUGCUGCUCUCAACAACGAAGACAACCAGGGCGGUAGUGGCUCUGGCAGCAACAGUAUGCUGGAUCGCGAUAGCGAUCGGGAUCGAGACCGCAGAGAUCGUGGUGGAGAUCGGGACCGAAAUCAACGUGAUCGGGACCGAGAUCGUGAUCGGGACCGCAGCGGUAGUCAUAACAAGAAUUCGGGAAGCUACCACAAAGGAUCGAUGGAAAGGGAACGCUACAACCGGUACGGCAGCAGCAGUAGUCAAAACGAUGACCGAAUGAAUCGUUCAUCGCGAGAACCGUCGUCGGGCAGCAUGCGACCGAUGAGUGGCCAGCUAAGCAACAGUCAAUUGCAUGAUCGCGACCGUGAUCGUGGCAAAAUGCCAAUUCAACAGCAGCCUCCAUCAAUGCAGGGACGAUCGUCACAGCAACGACACGCUCCACAAUCGUCAGCUCCUCUGCCAGGAAAAAUAACAUCAAACAGCGGAAGUGCGCUAACAAAAUCCGGCUCCGGCCAUUUGUAUCAACAGCAGCAGCUGCCGCAGUUUGCUAUACCAAAGGACGUUCCGCCUCGAAGAAGCUUCCCAACGCCCGAUGAGGAAACAGAAACGAACAUACAGAAGUUCUCCAAAUACGUUAACAUCGAAAUGGACCAAUCGGACUUCGAAGCAAGUGUCCAGGUGCUGAAAGAACUGAACAUCAAACCUGACUUCUAUCACGCUGCCAUCAAUCAACUGUUCAUGGACAACAUCGAACGGGAUGGCAAAACUCGUGAAUUGGUCGCCCGGGUCAUCAUUCAGAUGUUCGAGAAGAAGGCCAUCACUAAGGCCGACUACUUGCACGCCCUCGAGGAGAUCUUCAAUUUGGCCGACGAUCUAAUCAUCGAUAUACCUCAGCUGUAUAUGUACAUAACCUCGUUCUAUGUGAUGCCUCUGAACCAACGGCACGUUAACCUGGUCGAUGUACGAAAUGUGGCCCAGUGCAUUCUGCCGGCACACGGUGCUACUUUGUUGAAGGAACUCCUGCUCCAGUACGAGGCUCUUUACGGCAAGGAUGCCACCGUUAUGCUGUGGUACGAGUCAUCUCUGAAUCCGACCGAUUUUAUCAAAAUGGGCAGUGCCGAGGCGGCGGAGAAAUACCUGACUGAUGCCAAACUAGGCUAUCUGCUCGACUCCAGCAGCAAAGCCCUCGACAUGCAAACCGUCGGGACGCAAAUCAAACAUUUCCUGAAAACGCACGCCAAAUUUAUGGAGAUCUACAACUGGAUCGCCGGAUAUGUUGGCCCUGAGCGUGACACCUCCAACGAGUUCAUCCGAACCCUCACCAAGGCCGUGAUAGAACACUGUAUAGACAACAAAACGAAACUGAACAUCCAAGAGAUUCAGAGGUGGCACCCGAUCCUUCAGAAAUACCUCGAUAACAAGCCGGAACGGGAACUGCAGGCGAUGUACGCGAUUCAGCGGCUAGUUGUGGAGCUGGAACAUCCGCAGAACCUAUUACACUCCUUACUGGAGCCACUGUACGAUAAUGAUGUGAUAAACGAGGGAUUCACCCUCUGGAUUGAAUCUAAGGAUCCACUGGAAGAGCAAGGCAAGGGAGUGUGUUUGAAGGGAAUUACGCAGUUCGUGACGAUGUUCAUGGAGAAUUCGAGCGACGACGAUAAUUAAUUCUGGACAUGUUUUUUUUUAACGCGUAAAUAUUUGACUACUGGAAAAAACAUUAUUAUACCUACUAAUGGAUAAUUGAUAAAAAUAUAAUGAAUAAAAUUAACGUUAAGAACAACAUUUAUUUACAUAUAUAUUUAUAAAUUAUCAAAUAAAGUAUCUGGUGAACCACAAAAAAA